AUGUCAGUCUCGUGGGAGGAAUAUCUCGCCGACAUACCGGGUUGCCGCUGUGAAUCUUACGCUGAGUAUUGCAUGAAGUAUGGCAAGAUUUAUCAUAUGAGUGCCAUCAUUGAGUUUCAUCCCGCAUUCUCUCGUGACCAGAAGGAGAAGGUCUAUGUGCAGAACAAGAUCGAUGAUGACAGCUCUCGUGUCUAUGAGGAUCUCAUUAAGAAGGGUGGUUAUUUCUUUCUCUGCGGACAGGCUUGUCAGGGUGAAUUAGAUAUUAAGACCGCCAUUUACAGCGCUAUUGCUGCUGGUAAAAAUAUCUCCAUGGAGAACGCGAAGGAGAUGUUCGAGAACCUUGCUGAGGCCGGACGCUACUGCCCCGAAGUAUAUUGA